AUGAGGUGUCACCUCUGGCACGCCGGCAUCACCUUGCGCUGCGCUGCGCUGCGCUGCGCUGCCACUCUACCCAGCCAAGCAAAUCACCUCGCCGCCGACCUGCCCGAUCAGCGAAUAGGGGCUUUGCCACUGGACGAGUGGAGAGCAGUGGAGAGGAGGUACCGCCGCUCACUCUUCCAGGGUCCCGUUCCUUUCGGUAAUGAUGCGCCCAUUUGCCAACUUAGCACGCUGUUCUUCGGGCGCACUCUGAAUCUCCACAUGCAGCUGCCCGCGAAGAUCUCAAUUGAUGCAACGUGCAUGGUGAAUUCUCCUGUUUGA